UACUGGUUAUACUGUGCUACAAUUUCGCUCGCAGCGACAGACGGCCCUGUUCUCGUCUGUUCGUUGUAAUCGAUUAUUCCAGGAGUCUGGGGAGUCGGUGCCGCGGAGUCGCUCGGGCACGUUCCCGUACGUCACUCGUCGUCGGGGUCGGCUAUAAGCGGGUGAUCCGUGAACGGGAAACCUAAAGUAAACUGACGAGUCGCAUGGCAGCAAAUCUUGGUGCUGCACGCGUACGCGCGAUACAUUAAACGGUGCGUGGAAGGCUAGAGCAUGGUGGUUGCCAGGCGGUGAGGCCAACGCGCGCGCGAUUCUCCCCGCGCGUGAUCCCUCCGUUGCGUGCUCCGAUUUCUCACUGCCGUGUAUGCGCGAGUAUUUCACAGUGAGAAAAAUGCAACGGUAUCGCCGAUGCGCUACUACGCGACAAUACACCGUGUAACGUCACUCCGGAUCCGGAGAAUUCGCAUCACCGACACGGAGGAGCAGGGAGGGAAGAAUCUCACGGGGCGUCCCCGGAGAUACACUAGACGCUAUGACGAGAUAACAAAUGCGGAAUGAGACGCAGCAGUAGCGGCGGUAACCUGUUCGGUUACGCGGUCCUUACAUUCACCCUUACUCGCCUCAAAGUACACGCAGAAGGUGGGGUUGCAUGCAAGGAUCAGCAUGGGCACUCUUACGAGAGCGGUUAUCACUAUAUUCCCGGACCUGAACCGUGUACCUUCUGCAUUUGUGACAAUGGCAAUCCGAAAUGGUGCAAAGCAUUUAUUUGCAAGUUUCUCGAGGAGAAUUGCAAGUCUUUCCGGCGGGGCAACACCUGUUGCGAGUUCAUUUGCCUGGACGACACACUGUCACCGAUAUCGAAUGACAAGGCCGAUGAAACAGGAACCAAUGCAAUAGAUGGGAAUGCAAAUUACGAUAUAGGUUUACGAUCGAUUGCCAGUUUCGUGACAGCACUAUUUUCACUGAGUCUGUUAUUUUUUUUGAUACACCGGCUGCGCCAACGUAAGAUACAAGUCUGUGUGGCAGGUCGAGAAAACAGGCAACUUGGAGAGGACCAAAGAAGCUUAAGUAACAUGGGAUAUUUAGACAGAGGCGGAUUACCCCACGGAGUUCCCAUGGACGAUAUACCUUGCGGGACAGGUUACUCCCUAUGGAAACCACCUGGCAAUUACUUUCCGCGUGGCGAAGCACCACCGCCGUACGAAGAAGCAAUUGCAGCAGCGAGGGCGGAACAGGCAUUGCUAUCGAUGAACCCGCACACGCUGCUAUCGAUGAACUUUUCAGACAAUUACAUGCCGAAUGGCAACAGUCACGCGGGCAUGGCAGUUGUCACCGACACGCAAAACGAUUUGAACACGCAGGCGUCGUCUAACGAUAGUAACAUACACACGCCUUUGAUGUCUUCAUCAAGCAGACCGUUGUCCAGUCCUAGUGCAUACGCUGGCAGUUACCGACCAAUAAGCCAGAGCAGUGCGUCAUCCACUGUUGGUUUAAAUACGAGUACUUCCACCACAAGUUUUACAAUGGGGACAAACACGUAUGAGAAUCUACCAGUCUCGUCGGUCGCCAUGACGAGUUUCAACGACAAUCAACGCUCCGCAAUAGCCAAUACCAGUACACAGCCGUUACUACCGAUAUCGCAUUCCACUAUACCUAAAAGCUAUCGCCAACACACGACGAUGUUUCCGCGUCAGAGCGGUGGCGGUGGCGGCGGCGGCGCAUUCACAAUAUCAGCGACUCUAUCAAAUUCCGACGUGUCAUCUCAUCGCACGAUUCCGCGAGCAUUGACCUGUGCUGCCAGCAGAGCCAAGGAUGUCCUGACGGAUUGCUCAGCGAGAGACUACCUCCGCUUGUCACCGAGCAACAUCGCAGCUCCUCAGAGUCUGUCACAUCCCGUUCAGCUACUAUCCGCAACCGCAGUCGCAACCUCGGGCAGCUACAAAAGUACCAAAGCCUCUGACGCAUUUUACACGGAUACCCCAGUGGCGUCGGCAUCUGGUCUGGCACAAUCAGAAACGUAUAUGGCAGACACAGCAAAUGUAUCCGAGCGGACUCGCGAUUAUACGCCUUCGCUGAGCGUAGCUAACGAGAUCAAUACGAGUGGCAGUUUUGAAUCGGUAACAUGUACCUGCAGCAUGCAAGCGUUACCCACUUUACACGACGACGCGGACGAUUACCGUAGUGAGUGCGAGAACUGCAAGAGUGCGACGGGUUCUCGCUAUUACUUAGAUAACGAGGAUGAGCUCGUUACAUCUCUUCAUGAAACAAUGACGUUGCACAGAAGACCGGAUGAGGCAGCGUCAAAUGCCACACCACAAUAUUAUAGAACUUCACUUACACUGCCGACGAGUACGCGCCAACGUACAAGUGUUUUUGUAUCCAGGAUUACCGGGGCUCGUGAAAAUUGGUUCAACACCAUGCCAGAAAGUUCUAGCGGAUCCUCUGACGAAAAUUAAGUAUUCGGAUGAAAAAAAAUAGAAAAAAAUGUUCAAGUACGCAAACAAAAUUAUACACGCACACACAAAUACUCUCACACAUUCACACAAACACAUAUAGUAUGUAUAUGUUAUAUAACCAUUUAAAAAAAAUUUUACCUAUAUAGGAUGUCCCAGAAUUAUCGCACUUCUUUCGGAUGAAACUGUUGGUUGAAUAUCAAGGGCAUUGAUAAUUUUUGCGUCACGCUAAAAUUCAAGAUGAAGAUAGAUGUGUUAUGUUUAAUGGGAUGCAUAGACAGCUCUGUAUUUUGUAAACCUUUUCAUUCGUCCGGCAGCAUGGUAGCCGCUUGAGUCUUCCAAAAUUUUCAGCUUUUCUAUUUCUUUCACAUAACGUCUUAAAGAAACUGCCAGUUUUUGGGACAUCCUCUAUAGCGUUCAUCGUAAUUAUCAUCAUAAUUGUUAAUAUUGUCGUCGUCAUUAUCAUUAGAUAGCAGAGGUGCGUAAAAUUUUACUGCGAGUAUAAAUCCUCGUGAGCCUGAAAUGCACUAAGACGAAUCAGUGGAAAAUAUACCUCGAUAGGAAAAUAUUGAGCAGAUCUUAUGACGAAAUUUGGAUGAAACUUGGAAUGCUGGAAUUAUGCGUACAUAUUUUGAACAAUAUAUGCAGAAUUGGAGACCUUCCAUCAAAUAUUGAUAAAUAUUUGCACAAUGUAUUUCUAAAGAGUAUGUCAGCAAAACAGCUGCGUUUUAGCGAAUCACCUUGGCAGAAUAUUUGCACAAUUAAAUUGCUGUUGUGUUAUGACAUGACAAGCUGCCGCUACGAGGUAUCUCAUACUUGUAAGUAAAAUUUACGCGAAACGAGAUAAAAACAGGCCCAGCGGUAAAUACGUCCCACGUUAAAUCUUUUUUAAAUGUUAUUUAUUACACGUAACUGUGUUGCUGGGCUAUUUUACUUCUAAACGUCGAAAUAAUUGUGCAUGAUUUAUCUCCUAAAUUAAGAUUCCCAGUUUUUGAGCAAAUACCAUUUGGAAAUUUUACUCUUACAAAACCGCCUCGUUUUAGCAAAUUACCUUAAUGCAAUUAUUCGGAAAUUUCCUGCUUUUGGAUGAUGCAAUUAUUACACAAUAUUUGAGAUAUUUUCCUAUCGGGGUAGUAAAACAUCGCGAGCGUCUACAUCAGUUAUUGCCAAUCGUUAUUGGCAUUAUCAUUGUUAUCAUUAUUAUCAUCGUCACGUCGCAUCAUGUUACCAUGACAGUAUCUUUCCGACUUUGUUUUACUUGCCGAACAAAAAAUAUUCCGUUUUAUGCAAAUGAAUUAUACAAAUUUUAAUGAUAAAUCUGUACUGUAAAAAGUAGAGUACUCAUAUCUGUAUAUGUACAUGAUAUUAGGAUAGCCGUAAAGAUUCAUGUAAAAUGUAACAAUUCAUGAAAGUCCUUUUUUCAUGAAACGUCUGAAGAAAGAAAACGCGAGAUUUUUGUCAGUAUAUAAAUUAUACAGUAAUAUAUUUGUUGAUGUAUAUGUAUAAGUUGCCUAUGGCAUUGAGUAUUAAGAAUCCGCAGCAAUCGUGGGUAAAUUUUUAUGAGUAUGAGUUGACCCGAUACUCCCGGGGAUAAUUGGAGAACGUUACUAUUGUCGCUGACUACUUUUAAUUGUAUGUACAAUAUAAAUAUCCGAAUAUUUUGUUCCACUAUAAUUUUAUAAUUUUACCAGUUUUAAUUUGUUAAUUUGUAGACAUGUGUACGCAUUUAUGCAGCACAACAAUAUCUUUGUCAAACCGUUUUCUUAUUUAUAGUUAUUUAUUUAAAUUGUAUUAUUUGUUACAACAUAAAUAUUUUCUGGUAAGCAAGCGCGGAGAU